AUGGCCGGUCCCCCACCCAGCUCAACCACCGCCUCAAAUAUCCUCUCUACCCAUCGCGCCCUUCUCGAUACCCUCACAUCCUUCCUUACUGUCACGACCCAUCACAUUCUCUAUCUCCGUCGUCUCUAUCCUCCCAUCUCUUUCCUUUCUGUCCGAGCGUAUAACUAUCCUGUACGGCAAAACCGUCACCCGGCAGUCUGCACUUGGAUCAAUGACGCCAUCACAGCAAUCCGUGACCAACUCGAGAAAAACACCGUCGAGCAAGUCUCGCUAUGCAUUUACGAAUGCAAACGAAACAGGGUGCUUGAACGCUGGACGUUUGACCUCCGCUCCGUCCCCGCCGUUGUCAAGCAGGAUCGUGAUAUCCCCUUCGAGCCUGGCCCUCAAACCUCUUCUGAAGACGGAGACAUAUUGAAUCGCGAAUUGAACGUCGCUGACUUGGAGGCAACCUUUCGGGCCACAUUAUCUCGGAUCAGUACGUCCGCUGCGAGGCUAAGGCCACUCCCGGAAGGCCCCAGUGCACCAGAAUGCAGUUUUACUUUAUCCGUUGAGAUCAAAGACCAUGCCGACAGACCAGUCGGCCGCAUUGAAAAGGAAGAGCGAAAAUGGAUGGCUGCCGAGCCAGAACCUUUCCCUGUUGCUUCUCAAUCAAAUUCUCCCGCCAACCUUGAGGAAGGUAAAGAAAAGACCGUCUCCGGAUCAAUAUCGCCCAAGACCCACGCGGUCCGACGUUUGGAGGCUGGUGAACUUCGCAUGGAAGUCUGGGUCGAAGAAUCCCCCGCCAAAUUCGAGUUCGACGUCCCCGAGUCCCAGUCUUUGUCCCCGUCCGCAACCAUGGCCGCGAAAAGAGCAGCAAACAUGUCCUACGGCGCCGGAAAGGAAAAAUUCGACCUAGAGAACGGCUACGAUCUUGAGCCUGCGGAUGUGAAUCGGAAACCCCAUGGUGGGGCCAUGUCGGAUUACCAACGGGGUUGA